AUCUGGUAGUGUUCAUUUAUGACUUGCACUAAUUUGCUACAUUGUAUUACUGUAGUUGUUCAACACUUUUACAACAUUGGAGUGCUUAUGCUGUCUUGGUAUGCACUUUUGGCUUUUGCAGAAUUGCACACCCAGAUCACUGUUUAUCUGGUAAAAACUUAGAAAUUACAACCUGACAUUGUAUUUGCAAUAGUCAUAUUUAUUACUUUCAUAUUUCGCUUAAAUUCGUCCAUCUCAAUUUUUCCGACAGCACGUGAAGGCAGCAGCAGGAGCUCAUCUGUUGGACAGGGAAACUAAUCAGGAGCCAAGUGAAUACUUUUCAGUGCUGCUAGCUCCCAGCCUAGCAAGCUAUUAAAGUCAGCCGUCCAGACGAAUAAGGAGUACAGACUUUGUUUAUAAAGUACAGUGUCUCUUCUGUACAGUACACAACACUCAACUAUGUUUUAGAAACACCGUUUUGUUGCGCUAAAGUAGCAAGACGGACAGCCUCUGGCCAGCUUUCGGCUAGCUCAUUAACGUUAGCUGGGAAAGAAGUGGAGGCAAGAAAAUGGAGCUAGACGACGUAGUCCUGUAUCAGGACGACUCGGGGAACUCCACCAUGAUGUCCGAGCGGGUCUCAGGUCUGGCCAGUUCGAUAUACCGAGAGUUCGAACGGCUUAUCGAGAGAUACGGGGAGGACGUAGUGAAAGAGCUGAUGCCGCUGGUGGUCGCCGUGCUGGAGAACUUGGACUCUGUGUUCGCUGUCAACCAGGAGCACGAAGUGGAGCUGGAGCUGUUGAAGGAGGACAACGAGCAACUUGUCACCCAGUAUGAGCGAGAGAAGGCGCUGAGAAAACACACAGAGGAGCGGUACAUCGCCUUAGAAGACUCCCAGGACGGAGAGAAGAAAGAUCUCCAGAGUCGGCUGGUGAUGCUGGAGUCACACUCGCGUCAGCUCGAGCGAAAAACAAAAAACUAUGCAGAUCAGAUUAUCAGGUAUGACGAGAGAGAAGCAGAGCUCAAGAAGGAGUACAACACGCUUCAUCAGAGACACACUGAGAUGAUCCACAGCUACAUGGAGCACCUCGAGCGAACCAAACACCAGCAUGCAGCCGCACAGGCAGAGCCCUCGGACACAGGGACAUCAGCUAGAACACGAAAGGAGCGUCCCAUCUCCAUGGGCAUAUUCCAACUUCCCGGAACUGAUGGUGUGACCCCUGAUCUACACAAGGAACCUGUUGAAACCCCCUCAGAACCAUGGAGAUUCAACAACCUGAGCCAUCCGCAGUCUAACACCAGCCUCCAGGAUGAAUUGGCCGGUUCCAGCUCCAAGUCCCGUACUCCAACCAACCAGGGAGGUGUCUCCAAAACUGGAAUUUCCUCACAAAGUGAAGGGUCUCAGGGUGGUGCCUCUAAAUCAAACACAUCUUCACUCAGUGCUAACUCUCAGUCUAACACACAAAAGUCUCCUCAUGAUGGAGUGUCUAGCGGAAUGAGUCCCGUGUCCUCUGGCACACCCCUGUCCCCUGCUGCUUCCAAUGUUUCCAUGGAGUCAAAUGAAGUUUCAGAUAGGCUCAACAAGAACCUGGACAGGAGCAGAGGAAAACCAGAGAGCAGUAAGAACAUUGCAGCUGUGCAGGAAGGACAGCAGGGCCAGCCUGGGCAAGAUGCCUCCACCCCCCUCAAAGGUGAUGAUGGAGCAGAGAACCUGGAGAAAUCUGAGGUGCAGGCCAUCAUAGAGUCCACUCCAGAGCUGGACAUGGGCCUCGAAGGCUGCAUAGGAACCAGCACACCAUCUAAAGGUGGGAUAGAGAACCUGGUGUUUGACCGCAACACGGACUCUCUGUUUGAGGAGCUGUCGUCUGCAGGGAACGACCUGAUCGCUGACAUGGAUGAAGGAGCCGACCUGCUGGGUAUGGGUCGGGAAGUGGAACAUCUUAUCCAUGAGAACACACAGCUGCUGGAGACCAAAAAUGCUCUGAACGUGGCGAAAAAUGACCUCAUAGCACAGAUGGAUGAGCUGACCUGUGAGAAGGAGGUUCUGCGGGGGGAGCUGGAGGCUGUCACUCAGGCCAAGACCAAACUGGAGAACAAGAACAAAGAAUUAGAAGAGGAAAUCAAGAAGAUUCGGGCAGAGCUUGAGGAGUCCAAACAGAAGGUCAAGAAUGACAAUGAGGAUGACCAGAGCGAUGUGCCUACCGCCCAGAGGAAGCGCUUCACCAGGGUGGAGAUGGCCAGAGUCCUGAUGGAGAGGAACCAGUACAAGGAGAGGCUGAUGGAGCUGCAGGAGGCUGUCAGGUGGACCGAGAUGAUCCGGGCUUCAAAGGAGAACCCCGCUCUUCCAGAGAAGAAGAAAUCCAGCCUCUGGCAGUUUUUCAGCCGUUUGUUCAGCUCAUCGGGCGCAGCGGCCAAGAAGCCGGCGUCCGAGGCCCCGGUGAAUGUCAAGUACAACGCACCCACCUCUCAGAUUCAGCCGUCAGUUAAGAAGAGGAGCACCACCCUGCAGCAGCUCCCCAGUGACAAGAGCAAAGCCUUUGAUUUCCUCAAUGAGGAAGUGGCAGCGGAUAACGUGGUGUCCCGGCGGGAGCAGAAGCGGGCUCAGUACCAGCAGGUGAAAGCUCACGUUCAGAAGGAGGACGGCAGAGUGCAGGCCUAUGGCUGGAGUCUGCCCAAGAAGUACAAAGCCAACGGUGGUCAGGUAGAGAGUAAGAUGAAGAAUCUACCUGUUCCUGUCUUCCUCAGACCAGUGGACGAGAAAGAUGCUUCUAUGAAGCUGUGGUGUGCUGCUGGGGUGAACCUCUCCGGAGGUAAAACCAGGGACGGAGGCUCCAUCGUAGGAGCCAGCGUCUUCUACAGCGACUUGUCUGGACCAGAGAGCCCUGAGAGGAGAAAAGGAUCCCAGAGCAGCCUGGAUAAACUGGAUCAAGAACUCGAGGAUCAGCAGAAGGAGCUGCGGCAGAACGAUGAGAUGUCGUCGCUGGUUUGGAUCUGCACCAGCACGGAGUCCACCACCAAAGUCGUUGUCAUCGACGCCAACCAGGCUGGAAACAUCCUGGAGAGCUUCUUCGUGUGUGACUCCCACGUCCUCUGCAUCGCCAGCGUUCCAGGUGCAAGAGAGACUGACUACCCGGCUGGUGAGGAAGUAGCUCCAAACUCUGAAACAGAAGCAGUGGCAAACGUCUGCUCACAAUCAACGGAGAGCAGCUCAGCGGGGGGAGACGACGUGCUCGGAGGCAUCACUGUGGUGGGCUGUGAGGUGGAGGGAGUGACAGCGGUUCCUCAGACAGCAGGCAGUCCAGGAGAGGACGGAGAAACCGAAUCCAGAUCCGCAGAGGAAGCCACAGAGGCGACCGAGGCCAGUGCAGGACCUGCAGACCAAAGAACAAGCCUGCGGGGAGCGUACACUGAACACGUGUUCACCGACCCUCUGGGGGCCCAGCACACAGCAGAGGCUCCAGCCAACUACACUCAGAGGUACACAAUGGAGAGUGAUCUGCUGAAAGACGGCGUGAGUUCAAACCCCAACGCGGAGGAGCAGGACCUGAUGAGGGAGGAGGCUCAGAAAAUGAGCAGCGUGCUCCCCACUAUGUGGCUGGGGGCUCAGAAUGGAUGUGUUUACGUCCACUCCUCUGUGGCUCAGUGGAAAAAGUGUCUCCACUCAAUAAAGCUGAAGGACUCUGUGCUCGGCAUAGUGCACGUGAAGGGGCGUGUACUGGUGGGUCUCUCUGAUGGCACUUUAGCCAUUUUCCACAGAGGAGUAGAUGGGCAGUGGGAUCUGACCAACUACCAUCUGUUAGACCUGGGGAGACCCCACCACUCAAUCCGCUGCAUGACUGUAGUGCAUGACAAGGUGUGGUGCGGCUACAGGAACAAGAUCCAUGUGGUGCAGCCCAAAGCCAUGAAGAUAGAGAAAUCCUUUGAUGCCCACCCCCGUAAGGACAGCCAGGUGCGUCAGCUGGCCUGGGACGGGGACGGUAUCUGGGUGUCCAUCAGACUGGACUCCACCCUCAGGCUGUUCCAUGCUCACACCUUCCAGCACCUUCAGGACGUGGACAUCGAGCCCUACGUCAGCAAGAUGCUGGGCACGGGGAAACUAGGCUUCUCAUUCGUCAGGAUCACCGCUCUCAUGGUGUCCUCUAACCGUCUAUGGAUCGGCACCGGAAACGGAGUCAUCAUCUCCAUCCCUCUGACAGACUCAGGCAACAAGGCGACUAAGGCAGUAGGGAGCAAUCCAGGAGGUGUAGUGUACAGCGACGACAGCGGAGACAAGGUGACGGCCGGGACGUUUGUUCCGUACUGCUCCAUGGCUCAGGCUCAGCUCUGUUUCCAUGGUCACAGAGAUGCUGUCAAGUUCUUCACCGCUGUCCCAGGUCAUGCAGAUCCAUCUGCUUCCUGUGGAGGGGAGGCAGCGGGGGAUAAGACGACAGAUGCCGCGGCUCAGGAAGGAACCAAGUCCAUGUUGGUGAUGAGCGGAGGAGAGGGCUACAUCGACUUCAGGAUGGGUGAUGAGGAUGGGGAGGGGGAGGAGGCGGAGCAGCCCCCCAUGAAGCUGCACCCCUCCCAGGCUAAAGCCGAGCGCAGCCACCUCAUCGUGUGGCAGAUCCUGGACAACGAGGACUGACCUCUGACCCCUGAUGCUUGAUUUGCCUUUUCUCUCAAACUCGCUGCCAUGAAGGAGUUCAGGGGGACGGACCCCCCUCCCCCCUCCUGUGACACGAGUUUAAUCAGCACUUUUUCUUCCUGAACAAUAAGAGUGAAACACGUAGAGACUGCUCUGAGAGCUGCUCAGUGAUCGAACUGCAUGUUAUUGUUUUAACCAUGAUUUUCUCCUUUUAAUCUAAUAUUAUAUACAUUUGAAUCUGUAAUAAUGCCUCUUCGAAUAUCAUUUGAGGUAAAGCUGUAUUUGGAUACAGAACUUUUUGUUUUUUAUUUGCUCCUCAAAUACAAUGAUUCUGUCCCCCGCCUUACACUUCCAGGUUUCCUUCCCUCAGUUCAGUUUGUGUGCGCUCAUGAUGGAGUCUUCUAAAUCAAGAUGCUAAAUCAGUUACAAACAUUACAAAAAUCACCUGUUAGCACCUCACCUCUUGUGCUCUUGAAUAACACGAGAAGGAAGCAAUCAUGUGAGGGAGCAAAUCAUUAGAGAUUCUUCAUGAAUCCAUAACCCUGUUUUAUGUUUUUAAUCCUUUGAGAACUUGGCUUUUGAUUGUAUGCAAGACAAAGUGGAUUUAUUGCCACAUGUUUCUAGGUCAGGGUUUGUUUUAGUCGGCAACACAUCAGCUUUAAGUAUAUAUUUGAGAAGAACAUGGCCUUAUAUUUAUCUUAAUAUUCAUAAAGUAACAGUGGUAGACCCAGUUCAAUCCACCAUUACAUUCCAGUCACAGAGCAAAGCCUCAGAUGUUCUGAAAAGUCAACCAGCAAUGUUUGAUAAAACCCAGAGGGUUGCAAUAACCAGUACCUUUGUUCUUUAAAUAUUCCCAGAAUCCCUUAACGACUCUUCAAGCCAUCUGAACAAAUCUCCAUCUGCUGCAAUAUAAAAAUAACUCUUAACCAAUAAAAUACCUCUUUUUCUUGCUAUGCUGGCAGCAUCAUGGUUCCAUGGAUGGCUUUGCUAAGGCUUAAUACCUAAACAACUGUUAGAUGGAUUGUCUUGGAAUUUAGUGCUGAAAGUCAUGCCCCCCCUCAGGGUGAGUUGCAAUAACUUUGGUGAUCCUGACCCACCAUAAGUUCCACAUUUUAUUCAUCCAAUACUUUGGUUUAUGGCAAAAUACCUGCAAAACCUCAGUGAAGCUUUAUUUGUCGUGCUAUUUAACGUAGUAAAUAAGUAUCAGCUAAACUACGACACAAACAUCGGCUAACAUUAGCAUCGUCAGUGUUAGCAUGCUGACGUUAGCCUUUAGCUCAUAGCACCACUGUGCCUGAGAGCUGCUAGCAUUUCUUUACACACAAAUAUGAAAUAUUUUUCAGGAAAUCUCAUUCUAAGCUCUGUGACUUGAGUGUAAUGGUGAUAUUUUAGAGGUACAAACUAGAGGCCAAGUAACUAACUGAGUGCGACUGUCUUGGUUGAUAUGCUUAAACAUUUGUAGACCCCAGAUUUGUACUUUAUCCAGUAUUACAUGAGGAUGCGGUCAGUCCUAUGCUCUCAGUUUAACCACCAGCUCCAGCUAGUAGACACUUUAAUAAUAUUCCUUAGGUAUCAAGAGUUUAAAGUAACCAAGCUUUUCAAGUGUGAUAAAGUAUUUAUUUUUUCUUGAAAGAAUGUUGCGCUUGCUACCAAAGGAAAUUAAAGAUGGAUAGUUUGCUGAAACAGUCUAACAUUGAGCAGUUGAGUCUGCCUCCAUGUAGAUAGCAUUUUGUAACAGGAAUCCUGGUGAACAGAUAAGAUAUAUUUUUAGACUUUCAUAAGGGGAAAUUGAUAUUUUCAGGGUGUGAACAAUGAGAAUGUGCUGGAUCUGAGAGGAUCAAAGAAGCAGCCACACUAAGGAUUACAUAACCCGCCUUCUAAUCCUUAUUUCCACAUGUAGAGGUCAGAACUUUUAUUUAUUUUCUUCUUUGCCCCCUUUUGUGCAACUAUAUGAUAAUCUGACAUUCUUAGCAAGAUCCGAAACAGAUGAUUUAUCUCUUUUAAUGAAUUUUUUUUAGAAAGUUUGUGUUCUAGACUGUCUUCUUCUUGAAAACAGUGCACAAAAUGUCUGUUUGGUUGUCAUAUAAAACUGUAUCUCUGGCCUCAGUACCAGUGCACUGGUAUGUAUUGUCCUCUUUGUAUUGAACAGUAUCGUGUGUGUGUGUGUGUGUGUGUGUGUGUGUGUGUGUGUGUGUGUGUGUGUGUGUGUGUGUGUGUGUGUGUGUGUGUGUGUGUGUGUGUGUGUGUGUGUGUGUGUGUGUGUGUGUGUGUGUGUGUGUGUGUGUGUGUGUGUGUGUGUGUGUGUGUGUGUGUGUGUGUGUGUGUGUGUGUGUGUGUGUGUGUGUGUGUGUGUGUGUGUGUGUUUUAGCCAUUUCAGUAUUUAUUUACAAUGAUUGAGCCUUUGCAAUUCCGAAUGUAUCUUUGUACAUUGAAUAUGAAUAUAUAUUAUGGUAUAUGUAUGAAACAUUGAAAUGGCUUGGAUGCUGUUCAAAUGAAUAUGUUUUGUUCGGGGAAACCCUACUCAGCUAUGCACUAUGUCUGUGGGGGGGUUUGCUUCAGGCCUGUUUUGUAUGUUAUAGUAAAAAACCCUGCAGCCUGUCCACAGAAACAAUCAGCUUUCAACUAAUGCAGGAAAUAAACUGAAGUCCAUGAGCGAGAAGCUUCAUCCCACCUCGGCAUGAUGGAUCAGGUCGGCCAUCCGUCUCUCCUGUGUGUCGCUAACAUGGAGGACACUUUCCCUUCCAUGUUAGCUGACACUCAAUCUUCUACAGCAUAUCUAGCCUUAUUUUUAACAGUCAAUAAAAGCAGUUUUUGUGGGCA